AUGGGCUGCACGCUGAGCGCCGAGGACAAGGCGGCGGUGGAGCGGAGCAAGAUGAUCGACCGCAACCUCCGCGAGGACGGCGAGAAGGCGGCGCGCGAGGUCAAGCUGCUGCUGCUCGGUGCUGGUGAAUCUGGGAAAAGUACGAUUGUGAAGCAAAUGAAAAUUAUCCAUGAGGCUGGCUAUUCGGAAGAAGAAUGUAAACAGUAUAAAGCAGUGGUCUACAGUAACACCAUUCAGUCCAUUAUUGCUAUCAUUAGAGCCAUGGGGAGGUUGAAGAUAGACUUCGGUGACUCAGCUCAGGCGGAUGAUGCACGCCAACUCUUUGUGCUCGCUGGAGCCGCUGAAGAAGGUUUCAUGACUGCGGAACUUGCCGGAGUUAUAAAGAGAUUGUGGAAAGAUAGCGGUGUGCAAGCCUGUUUCAGCAGAUCCCGAGAGUACCAGCUGAACGAUUCUGCAGCAUACUACUUGAAUGACCUGGACAGAAUAGCACAGCCAAAUUACAUUCCAACUCAACAAGAUGUCCUCAGAACUCGAGUGAAAACUACAGGAAUUGUUGAAACCCAUUUUACUUUCAAAGAUCUUCACUUUAAAAUGUUUGACGUGGGAGGACAGAGGUCUGAGCGGAAGAAAUGGAUUCACUGCUUCGAAGGAGUGACCGCCAUCAUUUUCUGUGUGGCUCUGAGUGACUACGACCUGGUUCUCGCCGAAGACGAAGAAAUGAAUCGAAUGCAUGAAAGCAUGAAGUUGUUCGAUUCCAUAUGUAACAACAAAUGGUUUACAGAAACAUCCAUUAUACUUUUUCUAAACAAGAAGGAUCUCUUCGAAGAAAAAAUCAAAAAGAGCCCUCUCACUAUAUGCUACCCGGAAUAUGCAGGCUCGAACACAUAUGAAGAGGCAGCUGCAUACAUUCAAUGUCAGUUUGAAGACCUCAAUAAGAGAAAGGACACAAAGGAAAUAUACACCCACUUCACAUGUGCCACAGAUACUAAGAAUGUGCAGUUUGUUUUUGAUGCCGUAACAGAUGUCAUCAUAAAAAAUAAUCUAAAAGAUUGUGGUCUCUUCUAA